UCAAUGAAAUCAGUCCUUAUUGCUCUUCUUGCUAUUGCUGUAAUCGCCGACGAAGCUUGCGUUAAAGAAAAAUGCCCUAAAGAAUAUAAUGCUUGUGUUGCUGAAGUCUUUGGCUGUGCUUCAAAAGCUUUGAACUGCAAAAACAAAUGUGGAGAAACAGACCCAUGCUAUCGUGACUGUGCUUAUGAAUCAAAAAAUAAGAAAUUGAUUGACUUGUACUAUUUAAUAUAGAAAUUUUUAGAUAUGAAUGCGGAAAAAAAUACUGCCCAAAUGCUGCAUAUUGGAAUCUCAUUCUUUCAGGAUGUAAUGUUGAAUAAUGUGUUGCUGAUUUCUAAACUGAAUGCUUAUAAUCAGUUAACCUUAGAUCAGUAGAAUGCUUGAUGGGCUUUUCAUAAAGACAUCCAGAAUGCGAUUGCUUAAAUGAAUGAU